AUGGACUGGUCCUACGCAGGAACUCUGAACCAAAAGAACUGGGCUAAAAAGUUCCCGUCGUGCAGUAACGCCCGGCAGUCCCCCAUCAACAUUGACGAGUCUGUGUCCCAGGUGAAGCUGCUGUACCAGGGCUUGCGCUUUGAGGGGUGGGACGCCCUGACCUCCGACACCACCACCAUCUGCAACGACGGCAAAACAGAUAUCUGCACAGGCGACUCUUUCACCACCAUCGCCAAUAGCUACAGGCUGGGCAUCACCACUGUGGGGAAGAUGGUGAGGGAGACCUGUGACCAAAUCCGGAGGCAAUCCCAGCCAGUCUACCUGCCCACACCAACAGCAGACACCUGGAAGACCACAGCAAAGAGGUAG